UCAUGAUGAGCCGUGAGCUAGACGACGAGCCAUUGACUCCGGCCGGCCGGUUGUUUAUCCAGCCAGAGACCAACAUUGUUGUCCUUGGCUGCUUAGGCACUCACGAACCACUCCGAGUCGAUGACAUUAAAGCCGUUAUCGCUGACUCGAUGCUAGCAAAACAUCCACGAAUAUCAAGCCUUUUGGUGGUGGACAAAGAUGGCCAUGAAUAUUGGAGAAAGACAGAGAUCGACGUUGAUCGUCAUGUCAUCGUCUGUCAUGACUCCAUUGAAGGAGCCAAAGACGACGAAGAUGCUGUCAACAUCUAUAUGGCUGAUCUGACUGUGUCGUCCCCACUGGGGACAGACAAGCCAUUGUGGGAAGUUCAUCUGUUAACUUCCCACAAAUUUGCAAUCAUUCGUGCUCAUCAUGCACUUGGUGAUGGGGUGUCAAUGUUGUCUUAUUUUUUGGCAAUGUGUCGUAAAGCUGACGAUCCUGAGAAGAUGCCUUCCAUGACAUCGGUUGUUGAUCCUAGAGGUAACCAUGGGAAGGAAUCCAUUGGAAAGAAGUUGUGGAGGUUGUUGAAGGUGGUAUGGUUCACAAUGGUGUUUGUGUGUGACUUUAUAGCCAGAGCUUUGUGGGUUCGGGAUGAAAUGACGGUGGUGAGUGGUGGAGCUGGGGUGGAGCUUUGGCCAAGGAAGUUGGUCACAUCAAGAUUUUUGAUCGAAGACAUGAAAACUAUAAAGAAUUCCAUCCCUAAAACAACCAUAAAUGAUGUUCUAUUUGGUGUAGUUUCGUGCGGGUUAUCAAAAUAUCUAGACACUCGACCAUCUAAAUCGUUACGUGAAGGUUUGCGGAUGACUGGAGUGGCCAUGGUCAAUCUGCGACCUCAAAGAUUCCAGGAUUUGGAAGAGUUGAUGGAAGAUAGAUCAACAGGAUGGGGAAACAAAUUUGGUAUGUUGGUGUUACCCACAUACUACCACAAAAGUGGGUCGGAUCCAUUGGAGUAUUUGAGGAGGGCAAAGACCAUGAUUGACCAAAAAAAGUCCUCCCUGGAGAGCUUUUUUUCCUACAACUUUGGCCACUUGGUGAUGACCAUCUUGGGUGCAAAGUAUGCAAGCAUGUUGAAUUACAGGAUACUCUGUAACACGACGUUUUCAAUCUCAAACAUGGUCGGUCCAAAAGAGAAAAUAACUUUUGCAGGUCAUCCGAUAGACAACAUGAGAGCGACUCAAUCAAGUUUACCACACGCGAUUACAAUGCAAAUGGUGAGCUAUGCAGGAACAGCCUAUAUGCAGAUUCUAGUUGCCAAAGAUCUUAUACCUGACCCUGAAGUUUUAGCUAAAUGUUUGGAAGAUGCAUUGCUUGAGAUGAAAGAAGCCGCUACAAGUAAGAUCGAAGGAAAGUAAAAUGUUAUCAGUACACUGGGCAAGAAAUAAGCUGAUCGA